GUUGAGGAUUGCGUCCGGCCAGCCGAGACCUGGCGCAAGUGCUCUGAUCCCUGCCUCUUCGAGCUCGGCUCCUGUCCACCGGCCGGUCGGCCAGUCUCGUCCGGGUCCAGCUCGAGCCUCGCGGAUGGGCGAACGGACCGUCGGGACGGGUCAACUGGGCGCUCGAGCUUGCGCACCCAACAACGCGCCGCCUUCCGCCCUCGCGUCGGCUCCGCUGCCAGGCACCGGCUGAUGGCUCGAACGGUCGUCCUGGCCGAGGUUGGCAUUCUCGAGAGGAGCCAUCGGCUGCUCGACGACCUCGCGGACCUGAAAUUCAUCCCGCUUUCAAGACCGGACGGUACGCCGUUUCGUUCGACUUGAUCGCACCAAUUCACAACGUACAUAUUCCAAAUGUGUGUAUUUGUGUGUGUUUGUGUGCGUGUGUGUGCCAAGUCAAUGGUGCCAGGCUGAGACUAGUCAUGACAACAAUGACAGAGAAUAUUCGUAUUAAAGUAGGGUUUCGAGACUACCAGUAA